AUGCCUCUAAUGAUGAUCUAUCUGUACAGGGGAACAGAGGCUGAGGAUAUGAACAGGGGGCAGGGUCCCUUGUUUUUCGCAAAGAGUCCUAGUCUCUAUUCGUACUAUGCCUACACGAACGGACCCCUCGCAUCGUCUUGUCUGUCUGGUCAGUGGUCUGGUCUGGUCUGGUCUGGUCUGACUGAGUCUUUCUCUUCCUUCUCGCUCCAUCCGGUUACCUCCCAUUUCAAAGCUUCUUUUCUCUUUUUCCUUCCUCCAAACAACUCUCUCCUGCCAUCGUCAUAUCUUGUUCUUUUGGAUACCCCCUUGGCCUACCUCGAAUCCCCUUGUCACCUCGGCCAGCGCAUCUUCUUCAACAAACCAACGUUCCUCCCGCCCGCCGCCAAAGCUUCACAUCAUUGGACACAGCUCUCCAAACCCAAACUCGGUUCCCGGUUCAAGCUCAAGCUCAUCGUAGAAAAAGACACAGCAGCGCGCUGCCCCUCCACGAUUUGGGGGGAUCGACACUCUCGGGUCUUGGCAACGGCCACCACGGCGCUGCAGGGUUUUUCUGACAGGAUCUGGCGCUAUUCUGGACUUGUCUCUUCCGCAAACCAACACUUGCCGGGGUUCCCAACGCCUCCUCCGGCCCCCCCGACGGGCGCAUUUCAAGCCACCAUCGCCGUCGCUGCUGUCGCUGUCUGUGUCGCGAUCGCAGACAUUCUCCCGUAA